AUGGCCAUGGAUAAUACACGUCCAUUUUUAGACUGGGCAACCAAGUCGGGUGUCUGGAUGGAUCCAGAUUUUGAAGUUUCUUCUAGUCAAUAUGGAGGUUUGGGCAUAUUUGCCAUGAAGGAUCGUGAAGAAGAUGCAGUCAUACUUCGUAUUCCUCACAAAUGCACGUUUGACAUGGAUAAUUUGCUUGCGUUAUCUAAAAAUAUCGGUUCCGAGGCAAGUGAACUUACUGGCCCAGUCUUCCGUGCAGUUCUAAGUUGUGGAGACUUGGAUACUGAGACGAGUAUCUUGCGAAACUACUUAUGGGGAUUCACCAUUGUUCAAUCAAUUUGUGUAAAGUUGGGAAAACAGCUCCAGACGUUGGAAGAAAUCAAACCAUAUCUUCAGAUUCUUCAGACAACACCUGUGUUGAAUGUUGAUGAUCUGCAUGAUGCGCAAGAUCAACUUGUGCAAGCACUAGUGUUGGAGAAGCGGCGUGUGCGCAAAACGUACGAGGAAAUAUGUGAACGCAUUUCCGGGUUUGAAUUCCCGUUUGAACUUGCAUUCCAGCUUCAUCAGGCAGUAAAGUCCCGCGUGCUCGAGAUCCCUCAUGCAAUAGACGAUGGAGAAGAUUUUGAGACUAAUGUCACGCUUGUACCAGUAUUGGAUUUUGCUAAUCACCAGAAAAAUAACAAUGCAGUUUUCGACGUGGAUAGAAGUUCAGGCGACGUACUACUUCGCUUAGUACAACCAGUGCGCGCAUUGCAAGAAGUAUGCAUCAGCUACUCACCCCAACAGGAGAAAAAUAUUUUUUUGCGAACGUACGGAUUCAUGCCUGCGGGGGAGGGAAGUUACGAGUGGCGGAUUCCGUCCUUUGACCAGAUUUGGAAGUCGGCCACCAACGGCACCACGCACACAAAUUACACUGCAUUAGCCAAAUGGCUCCAAGUGAAACCACAGUUGCUAAUACACUUUGACGCAGCUGACAGCGCCUUUUUGGAUCCACAAGAAUUUCAACUCCCGAUUCUUCUCUUACCUGGCUUGGAGUACUAUGCAGAUUGGAGUAAAGAACUUGACGACAUGAAAGAAGAUGUACCUGAUGGAAUGGAUAUUGCUGAUUUUGUGCUGCAGUUGACGUUCCAGGAAGAUAAGGCAGAUAUAGUGAUAGCAGGUGAAACAGCAUAUGGUGCCACAUGCAAUGGAGCAUACGUCAACUUACCCAACAUAUUGGAACAGGCGGGCGUCAAUUCCGAAGAAGAUUACAACAUACUUGUUCAACAAAGCCUAAAGUUGGUAAAAGAUGCUGUUAUCGAAACUAUUGCCACCGAUGACAAAUACAUGAAAGAGAGUGACAACGCCGCACUUAUAUCCUACUUUUGUCAGAAAAAGAAAAUGCUUACGCAAAUUGCCGAUAAGUGUGACUAG